AUUUCCGCCGCCGCUGUCUCUCACAUCUCUUUCGUGCGAACUCCCGGCCCCUUUCCUCCCUUCCCCUCUGCUCCCCAAGGACGCAGGCUCAGGUAGGUACUGUAGCACCGGCGGACGGCGGUCCGGAGCUGCUCUUUGUCCGUGGAGAUCACUUCAGGGCUCCAUCUGAAAAGACAUGACCUUGGCCUCCACAUUGGGAAGGUGAGUAGCAACCAAUCAUGGCAUCAAGGGCAAUCAUUAGGAGAAGAAAGUAUCUCUUGGAUCAUGUUAACGCACCUAUCCUCUCGUCUUCCUCCUCUUCAUUCCUCCAUGGAACAUUUGGUUUUAAGCCUGAGCCAAGAAUAGCACAACAAUUUCUUGAGCAAAGCUUAGGGGACUCGAAGUCUGAGAAGGAGAAGGAGCAAUAUAGUGUCAAUUUUACAAAGGGGGGUCUGCUAGGUCCUGAUAACGGGCUUCUGCGACGUCCAGCUCACGUGAUUUCUCACUAUGGUUAUGGAAUUGGAAGGAAUGAAUUCACAUUGCCUUUGGGAGCUAGAGGUUUGUUGCAGUCAGUUCGCAAAGCAUCAACUGCAACUGCUGGGCAACCUAAAUUGGAUAUUGAAGAACAGGGUGAUGAUCAAAACCAGAAUAAAAGGAAAAAAGAGGCAUCCCCAGAAGAAUGUGAUCAGGCUGUGGAAGGGCUAAGCACGGCAAAAGCUAAAGCCAAAGCUAAGCAGGUGCAAGAUUCGCUAAAGGCUGACCAGUCAAUCGUAAAGAAGUUCUGGGCAAGGCUUCUGGGUAUUGGUCCGGCUCUUCGAGCUGUUGCUUCAAUGAGCAGAGCUGAUUGGGCUGCAAAACUGAAGCAUGGGAAAGAUGAAUUUAUUUCCACACUGCAGCAUUACUGGCUAGGAACAAAGCUACUCUGGGCAGAUGUUAGGAUUUCAUCAAGAUUGCUGGUGAAACUUGCUGGUGGAAAGAGCCUCUCAAGAAGAGAGAGGCAACAGCUCACCCGUACAACAGCAGAUAUCUUCAGGCUGGUACCUGUUGCUGUGUUCAUUGUUGUCCCAUUCAUGGAAUUCCUACUACCAGUGUUUCUUAAGUUGUUUCCAAAUAUGCUGCCAUCAACUUUCCAAGACAAGAUGAAAGAAGAGGAAGCGUUGAAAAGGAAACUGAAAGCAAGGAUGGAGUAUGCAAAGUUUCUACAAGAUACUGCAAAAGAAAUGGCAAAGGAAGUUCAAACAUCACGUAGUGGAGAAACAAAACAGACAGCUGAAGAUCUGGACGAAUUUUUAAACAAGGUUAGGAAAGGUGAACGUGUAUCCAAUGAUGAAAUCUUGAGCUUCGCGAAGCUUUUUAAUGAUGAAUUGACCUUGGAUAACAUGAGCAGAGCACGCUUGGUAAAUAUGUGCAAAUAUAUGGGUAUUCGACCUUUUGGCACGGAUCAUUACUUGAGGUUCAUGCUUCGCAAAAAACUACGCGACAUUAAGAAUGAUGAUAAAAUGAUUCAAGCUGAGGGUGUUGAUUCUCUUUCUGAAGAGGAGCUCCGGCAAGCUUGCCGUGAUCGCGGUCACCUUGGUCUGCGGUCAACAGAAGAAAUGCGUAAACAGCUACGAGACUGGCUGGACCUGUCACUUAAUCAUGCUGUGCCAUCUUCUCUUCUCAUACUUUCAAGAGCUUUUACCCUGGCUGGGAGAAUGAAACCCGAGGAUGCUGUUGUAGCAACAUUGUCUUCUUUGCCAGAUGAAGUUGUGGAUACAAUUGGGACAGUAUUGCCAUCUGAAGAUUCAGUUUCUGAGAGGAGGAGAAAACUGGAAUUCCUUGAGAUGCAGGAAGAACUUAUCAAGGAGGAAGAGAAGAAGAAAGAGAAAGAAGAGAAGGCAAAACAAAAGAAGGAAGAAAAGGCAAAUCUCACAGAACAGGAGGCUGCUGAAGAAGAUUUGGCUUUAAAGGAAAUGACUGAGCCUACUGCUAGGGAAGAAGAAGAACUGACUGACGCAAAACGACAUGACAAGGAACAGCUCUGUAAUAUCAGUCAAGCAUUGGCUGUGCUGGCAUCUGCAUCGUCUGUUAGCAAGGAGCGUCAAGAGUUCCUGAGCCUUGUCAACAAGGAGAUAAAACUAUAUAACUCCAUGCUUGAAAGAGAAGACACAGAGGGGGCAGAAGAAGCUAAGAAGGCAUAUAUGGCUGUUAGAGGGGAGUCAGACGACACCACAGAGGUUGCUUCAGAGGAAAAGGUCUCGUCGGCGCUGAUUGACAAGGUUGAUGCUAUGCUUCAGGGAUUAGAAAAGGAGAUUGAUGAUGUGGAUGCACAAAUCGGAAAUCGCUGGCAACUGCUUGAUAGGGAUCAUGAUGGCAAAGUGACUCCUGAGGAAGUAGCGGCGGCGGCAGCUUAUCUCAAGGACACCAUAGGGAAAGAAGGCGUCCAAGAGCUUAUCAGCAAGCUUUCUAAAGACAAAGAAGGAAAGAUCCGUGUGGAGGACAUCGUGAAGCUGGCGUCUCAAGCCGAGGAAAACAACGAAGAAGAAGAAGAAGAAGAAGCACGGCAUUAGUCGGGAACACAUUUGACGACUUCUUUGUGAGAUGGGUGUUCCAGUUCAGGCAGGAACUUUGGAGUAUCUUUGUUACUCCGUAGCAGUGCUACAUGUAUAGAUCAAAAGGCAAGACGGCCAUUUUUGCGUCCCUCUUGGCAGACUUUGAUAGAACCACCAGUAAUUCGUAACGAUAAUUUACUGUGAAGAUGAUGACUUGCAUAUAGUUAGGUUCGGCCUCAUGGAUCCGCAGGUAAACGGCAACAUAGAUUUCAACUGGUUGCUAUGGGAGAGAAAAUACUGUUUUUGGUUAGUUACGGGAUUCGCCACUCUACCCAACAAUCUGAGAAUUUUAUAAGAUCUAUUCCAAGUUCUGAUUAA